AUGGAGUUCGACCUCUUUGAUCAAUAUGGUCGGCUUAAACUUGCUUUCAAGAAGGCCUCGGCUCGAUCCGGUUCCGUGCGCAUCGACAAGCGUUACAGGCGCCAAGGCAUGGGCCGAGAGAUGGUUCAUGUCAUCCUGCAGAAAGCUCUGGCCAAGUGCAAUCCCCAUGCAUUCGUCGCCAUCGCUCGUUCAGCGUCAGAGGUUAGAGACCGGUGUAAGGGCGAAAGCGAGGAAGAAGAAGAUGCCAUAUAUGACAGGAGAGGCGCACGCCGAAAUGCUUCUCAAUGUCUUUGA